AUGGAAUUCCAUGCCACGCUUGCGAUCCUUGUCACUGCGCUGCUUGUCCAAGCAUGCCGGUGCCAGCAAGGAAACCCCGACUCCGAUCCCUAUGUGCCCGUCUAUACCGAGUGCCCCGAAAAUUUGACCGUUAGAAAUGCCUCCGAUGGGCUAUCUCCUCAGGAGGAAUCCUGGCGCAGCACAAGGGGGAAGCAGGUCAUGACGGCCCUGCAGGACUAUCUCAACACUGCCAACAUAUCGGACUUUGACAUUCAAGGUUACAUGGAUAAGCUCAACGAAAGCACAGUGCCCAUUGUCGGCAUGUCCAUUUCUGGUGGCGGAACACAGUCUGGAAUCGGCGGCCUGGGUGUCUGGCAGGCCUACGACGCUAGAUACCCUGCUGCAGUCGCCGCCGGUACUGGAGGCUUGACACAGAUCCUCUCCUACAUCACCGGCCUCAGUGGCGGAGGCGCAGUUACAGUGAGCUUGAUCGCAGCGAACAAUUUUGGCACUUUUGAGGCCAUUCGCGGAGUUACAAACUUCUCUGCGCCCUACGAUGUCGGACCGACUGGCAAUGAAACGGAGUUCUUCAAUAACAUAUUCGAGAACGCAGGCGCAAAGGCCGAACUGGGAUUCCCCGUCUCCGUCGCUGAUACGUUUGGCCAAUUCUGGGCAACUUGGCUGCCGCAAAACUCUACCUAUCUGAACUACUCUGACCUCGCAGCCAAUGGGUCGUCGCUGGCGGAGGGAGCUGGACCCAUGCCGAUCAUCACACUCGCCGAAGUCGUGCCUGGGCAGUCUCCCGAGAUUGGCAAGAUCAUGUACCCUGGCAGGAACGAUACCAAUGGCUUCAACCUGACGUCCUACGAAGUCACGCCCUUUGAGUUUGGCAGCUGGGUUGGAGGUCGCGUACAGGGCUUCAUACCGACGCAAUGGUUGGGCACGAGCAUGGACAACGGCACCGCCCAGAACAGCAGCCAGUGCGUCGCGGGCUUCGACAAGUUCAGCCUCGUCCAAGGGUCGACGACCAAUGCGUUUUGCGCGUGGUUCAUAGAUGACUUCUACGGAAGGCCUAUCUUCGCGAAGAGGUCGAUCCACAACCGGCAGCAGGGCUCGAACGAGACGGAUGACAUUCCCAUCCCACAAGGCCAGGAGCAGAGUCCCCUGGUGCAAAUCGUGAAUGAGACAGCGUCAAACUUCCAGCAAACGUUCAAUGAGUCAAUGUGGGCGACGUAUCCCAAUCCAUUCCAGGGUUAUAACGAUGCGAUGGGCAACACUUCCGAGCUGUUGCUGGUGGACGGGAGUCUCACAGGCGAGAACAAUCCGAUUCGGCCGCUCAUCAUCCCUGACCGUCAAGUGGACUUUAUUGUCGUUUACGAGGCAUCCUCGGAGGGCACGUAUUCGUGGGUCAAUGGCACCAGCCUACAGAAUACCGCGCGUUCAGCUUCAGAGGGCGGCAUUCCAUUCCCUAAGAUCCCCAGGGUUGAAACGAUGAUCACCAAGAAUUUCACCAGCCAGCCCACGUUCUUCGGCUGCAACGACACGUCCAACGGCCCGCUUGUGCUGUACCUACCCAACUCCCCGUGGACAGCGUACUCCAACUAUUCCUACCAAAUGUCCUCAUUCACAGACGAACAGUUGAACGCCACGAUUGACAAUGCUUUCCAGCUGGCGACAUACGGCAAUGGCAGCUUCGACGCGGAGUGGUCGGCAUGUCUCGCGUGCGCAGCCACCGCACGCAGUGCCGAGCGAGUUGGCAUCGACUUACCCGAGCAAUGCACUCGCUGCUUCAGCCGACACUGCUGGGAUGGGAAGGAGAGUGAUGCAAAGGUGUCGGAGAAGGAUUUGGACCUGAAGCCGAAGCUGAACACGACCUUGACUUUUCAGGCGUGGAACAGUACCGUUUGGCAGGAGGGCAGCGGAUCCAGUCAAGGUGGUGGUAGCGGGGGUAGCGGCGGCAGCGGAGGGAGCGGCGGAGGUGGAGGGAAUGGUGGCAGUGGCGGCAAUGGCGACGGUGGAGGCGGUGGCAGCGGGGGAGGCAGCGGGAACGGUGGUGAUGGUGGCGGUGACAGCGGAAGCAGUGGCAGCAGCGAUAACGGCGGCGGCACCGGAAGCGCCUUGUCGGCGCACGCAAUACCUUCGGGACCGAUUCUAUGCCUGCCCGUUCUGGCAUUUGGAUUUGCCGUUUGGGGCUGA